GUGGAUGCAGGUUCACAAGAGCCCUUACAAUGAAGUUUACGUCCUGGUUAGCUAUCAUGAUACGGUUCCAAGCAACGAUCAUGGCCAUCGUAUGCUCACAGGCCCAUAUUACUGGGAAAUGUCAAGACGGGGUUUCUCAACUUGAGCCAGGCGCGCCCGAAGCCGACUCCGUCAAGGGCGUGGAACCACACAUUUAUGGGGCCGUCUUACGGGAUCGGGUUGAAAAUCGCGGCAAGGGCCCCGGAACCAACAAGCCCUGGCACCAAGAAAUGACGAGGUUUGUUGCCGGCUUCGAACUCAAGUCAUCUCUCACGGACUCUCCGCGCGGACUUCGGGGUUCGGCUAUUCCGUCCUUCCUCGUUCUCGCAACGUUCCAGAAGCUCUAUCCUUGAAGCUCAGACUCGUGUUGAGAUG